UCGUGUUCAACCGGGAUGCGAUAAGCAUCAACAAGUUUAUGGAAAUCUUCCAAAAAAUCUCAAUUUCUCUGCAAAAUGACCAAUCUCAAGUUAAAUUUGUGUGUGGCUGCUUGUGAGAAUCUCGGAAUUGGCAUCCAGGGCAAUCUUCCGUGGCAUCUGAAGCAAGAAUUGAAGCAUUUCAACAAAGUAACCACAAGAGUCUCUGACCCGGCGAAGAAAAAUGCUGCUAUUAUGGGCAGGAAGACUUAUUUUGGCAUCCCUGAGAAGAAAAGACCCCUCCCCGGACGUCUCAACAUUGUCCUUUCGCGUCAGACUGACCUACAACUGCCCCCAGAGGUGAUAGUCUGCAGUUCACUCCCGGAAGCUCUGAAGCUGCUUGAAAAGGACCAAUAUCGGGCAGAAAUUGAAAAUAUCUGGAUUGUCGGAGGGUAUUCUGUCUACAAGGAAGCUAUGGAGUCGGAAAAUUGCCACAGGGUUUAUUUCACGGACAUCAAAAAGAAGUUUGAUUGUGACGCCUUCUUCCCGGCCAUUCCGGAGGACUUCAAAGUGGUGCCAAAUGACGAAGACAUUCCAUCGGAAGUGCAGGAGGAGAAUGGUAUUCAGUAUCAGUAUCUUGUGUAUGAGAAAAUUCAGAAAUAAAUGCAUUUUUUUGAGGAAAAAA